AUGGCUAAUGACAACAAGAAGCCAGAGCAGUUACAGCCACAUCCGGUGAAGGAACAACUACUAGGAGUCCAAUACUGCAUCAACAGCCCUCCUCCAUGGCCUGAAGCAAUUGUGCUUGCAUUCCAGCACUAUCUUCUCACACUUGGCCUCACUGUCCUGAUACCCACCAUGAUUGUUCCUCAAAUGGGCGGCGGGAAUUUUGAGAAGGUGAGAGUGAUACAGACAUUGCUGUUCAUAUCAGGAGUGACCACUCUCUUGGAGACACUAUUCGGUACCCGGCUUCCAUCCAUUGCAUCUGCUUCCUUUGCCUAUGUCAUACCAAUCACCUCCAUCGUCACUGCCGAUCGAUUCCGGUCCAUUACAAACCAUCAUGAGAGGUUUCUGCAUACAAUGAGAGCAAUCCAGGGUUCUCUCAUCAUCACUGGCUGCUUCCAAGUAGUCAUGGGGUUCUUGGGUAUAUGGAGAAACACUGCCAGAUUUCUCAGCCCACUUUCUAUUGCUCCAUGUGUAACAUUUGCUGGGCUUGGACUCUAUUAUCUUGGUUUCCCUGCUUUGGCAAGAUGUGUGGAGAUUGGGCUUCCACAAGUCAUCAUAGUGGUGUUCAUCACUCAGUAUCUUCCACACUAUGUGAAGUUUAAGAGGCCACUCUGUGAUCGAUCCGGGCUGCUAUUCUCGGUCCCUAUAGUAUGGAUGUUUGCUCAGCUCUUGACAUCGAGUGGAGUCUAUGACCACAAAUCUGUUGUCACCCAGUUGAGUUGUCGCACGCAUCGAUCUGGAUUCGUCUCUGCAGCUCCUUGGGUCUUCAUUCCUUCACCAUUUCAAUGGGGAAGCCCAACAUUUAAGGCCGGAGAAGCUUUCGCCAUGAUGGCUGCUUCCUUUGUUUCUCUGUCUGAGUCAACUGUUGUCAGCCGUGGCACUGGAUGGCUGGGAUUUGGAGUCCUGCUGAAUGGAGUAUUUGGCAAUGUGACUGGCUUUACAGCAUCAGUGGAAAAUGCAGGGUUGCUAGCUCUUACUAAAGUUGGGAGCAGAAGGGUAAUCCAGAUAUCAGCAGGAUUCAUGAUUUUCUUCUCUGUAUUUGGUAAAUUUGGAGCCUUUUUUGCAUCCAUAACCAUGCCAAUCAUGGCAGGCACAUACUGCAUCCUCUUCUGCUAUGUCUCAUCAUCAGGGCUUGGCUUUCUUCAAUACUGCAACCUCAACAGUUUCAGAACAAAAUUCAUCCUGGGCUUCUCCUUCUUCAUGGGCAUCUCCAUCCCACAAUACUUCAAAGAGUACUUCCAACUCACUUCUCAUCCUCGCUCUGGUUCCAGAUGGUUCCAUGAUAUAGUGGUGAUCAUCUUCAUGUCCCACACAACAGUAGCUGCCUUGAUCGCCUUGUUCUUGGACUGCACUCUCACCGGCGAGACCACCGGCGAGGAUACGAGGAAAGACAGUGGGAUGAAAUGGUGGGACAAGUUCAUUCAGUGCAGCUCGGAUAUAAGGAGUGACGAGUUCUAUUCCUUGCCCUGCUGCCUUAACAAGCUCUUCCCAGCUCAUUAG